ACUGUCCAAAAACCUCAACCACAAAGGAACCACUUCAUCACUCUUACAACAUUGUGUCAGAAAGCAGAAGUGCAGGUUGUGCCCACAUGUCCGGGUGGUUCCUGCGUGUCGGAAACCAAACCACUUCAUUUAGUGUCCUCCGGUGGUUCCACUUGUAUGCUGCUUGUCUUUGAGAUUUAGUGAACGCCGUCUCUCACAAACCCGAUAAGAUAAUGGAGCAAGAGCUGAAUUACGUGCGAGUGAAGUUCAAGACCGACGGUUCGUCUGCAGGCGGUGAACCAUGUGACCUGGAAACCAUCUACGAUGAGGUGAAGACCUACGAGGAGCAGGCCUGGGAUACAAACCGAGCCUCGCCAGAUGUAAAGAAAGCCCCGCUGCUCACAGCGAUUCAUCUGGUGGCUUCAGCUCUGGGGAUAAUGUGUGUCCUCUUGGCGUCGGCCGUCAUCGCGCUCAGCGUCUACUUCAGCGGCGCGGUGUCAGAGCAGCGCAGAGAGAACCUCGACUUAACAGCGAGGAACCUGCAGCUGCGGGCGAACGAGGCCAAUUUGGAGAAAGAGGCGGAGGAGCUGACCAGAGAGAGAGACGGGCUCAACUGGACCGUGGGAGUCAUCCUGGAAUAUGAGAACUUCCCAGUGAACAAGCGCUGCCCACACAAAGUGUGUAGACCUUGCCCACAGGGCUGGACAACGUUCCAGUCCAACUGUUACAUGUUUUCGACGUCCAGUUGGUCCAGCUGGUGGUUGACUUGGAAGGGAAGUCGAGAUGAAUGCAAAAGAACGAGGGCAGAUCUGGUGGUGAUUGAAAGUCAAGAGGAACAGGAAUUCCUGAAUAACCAUACAGAAUCCUACCAUGAUGACAAACAUGGCUAUUGGACGGGAUUGCGCAACACGGACACAUGGACGUGGGUAGAUGGGAGCAACCUCACUGUGAUGGACUGGAAAUCAAAUGAAGCCAACUCAAACCUCUGUGGUCUCCUUCAGGCCACAGAAGGUCCUCUGGCCAACUUGGGAAAAGCCAGCUGUGACAUGAAGAACCGCUGGAUCUGUGAGCGCCGAGCUUUGAUCAAAACCGAUCGGGACCCAGGUCCCUGAUCAAUAAUGUGUUACGCAACACCUGUACAUAUCAAAACCCCCUGAUCAAGUUAUAGUUCUAUGUGUUUGUAGGAUUCUGUUACACUGUCAUAGCAGACAUUCGAUAGUUUAGUCAGUGGUGUUGUAGUGGUCUUCAUUAUAUUUAGUUAGAGGUGUUUCUAAUUUGUUAAUAGAGAUCACAAAAUUGAUACAAUGUAAAGCAGUAUAACGUUGACUAUGAGCUCAGUGAUGUAAUCGAUGUGAUUUGCAUUGCACUGGUACAGAUUGUACAUAAAGUUACGACUGAGUGUAAAUUACCAACAUUAAAAUACUUU